AUGCCACACGACCCAGUACCAAUCCGGGUGGAUGAACAUGUCCAGAUUCUUCUUUUCGACGGAAUAGUGCUCUCAUGUCAGAUCUGGCGACCGGAGAAGUCGUCGUCUGCUGAUCCCGUGCCGGCCAUUCUCGAGUAUCUCCCUUAUCGCAAACGGGACUACACGGCCCCGCGAGAUGCUUCGAAUCAUCCCUACUUCGCUUCGCAAGGGUAUGCGUGUGUGCGCGUGGACAUGCGAGGCUCGGGCGACUCCGAAGGCCUCCUGCGCGGAGAAUACCUCAAGCAAGAACAGGACGACGCUCUGGAGAUCCUGAGAUGGAUCGCCGCCCAGGACUGGUGUACAGGGUCGAUCGGGAUGAUUGGAAUCUCUUGGGGCGGGUUCAAUGGUCUGCAGGUCGCUGCUCGUCGCCCUCCGGAGCUCAAAGCAGUUAUAUCCAUGUGCUCGACCGACGAACGCUACGGCGAUGACAUCCAUUAUCAAGGCGGGUGUCUGCUGGUGGACAAUUUCCUGUGGGGCGCCACCAUGUUCAGCAUGAAUCCUCUGCCUCCUGAUCCGGCGCUGGUGGGUGAUAAAUGGCGAGAGAUGUGGUUGUCCAGGCUAGAGGCCGGAGGGCUGUUCAUGGUCGAUUGGCAUGAGCAUCAACGUCGCGAUGACUUUUGGAAACACGCUUCUAUCUGUGAGGACUAUUCGUCCAUCCAAUGUCCCGUGUAUUUGGUGGGCGGGUGGAUGGAUCCUUAUUCCAACACCAUCUUCCGCAUGCUUCAGAACCUCACUUGUCCCAAGAAGGGCCUCGUCGGGCCCUGGGCGCAUAAAUACCCCAACUUUGCUAAGCCCGGUCCGCAGAUCGGGUUUCUGCAAGAAUCCGUCAGAUGGUGGGAUACGUGGUUGAAGGGCGUCGACACGGGGAUCAUGGAUGAGCCGCCUCUUCGCUGUUAUCUGCAGGACACAGCACCCCCUCAGACCCAUUAUGACUUCCGUCCUGGUCACUGGGUCGCGGAGAGCAGUUGGCCCAGUCAAGGUGUCACGCCGCGUCCCAUGGGUCUGGCACCAGGUCGGCUUACCGACGACAUCUCGUCCAGCGAUGAGCACCUGUCCAUCUGCUCUCCUCAGACCGUAGGUCUCGCGUCAGGCAGAUGGUGUGUUUUUGGCAUGGAUGCAGACGAGCCAGGCGACCAGCGCCAGGAAGCCGGCGGGUCGCUGGUCUUCGACAGCAAAGCGCUGACUGAGCCCCUGGACCUUCUUGGUCCGGUAGUCCUCCAUGUCCGCGUUGCAAGCGACAAGCUCAACGCCGUGCUGGUAGCCGUUCUGUCUGAAGUGUUGCCAGACGGCUCGGCGACGCGGAUUUCAUGGGGCCUCCUCAACCUCACGCACCGCAACAGUCAUCUCGACAUCGAACCGCUCGAGCCUGGCAAGUUCUACGACGUCACUGUCAGACUGAACGAGCUGGGCCAGCGCAUCGGCGUCGGAAGCCGGAUACGUCUGGCUUUGUCUACGACCUAUUGGCCCAUGAUCUGGCCAUCGCCAGAACCCACCACUCUGACGGUCGACUGCGCACGUUCCACACUGGAUCUGCCCACACGACGUGAGAGCCCGCUUGACGCUGAACUGAAACCUUUCCUGCCUCCCGUGAACGGGGAGCCGUUGAAGACCCGCGUUUUCCGGCCAGCGACGUCCAGCAAUAAGAUCAUCCAGGACCUGAAUUCCGGCGAAGUCACCGUCCACCUGGAGGAAGACGCCGGGCUGUGGGAGAGCGAGACCAGUGGCUGGCGGUACGGAAGUGACCAGACCAUCAUCUGCACCGUUCAUCCCAAUGAUCCCCUUACCGCACGUGCCGAACAAAUCUUCAAAAAGGAGUUCGGCCGCGAAGGCCUGGAUCUGGUCGUCUCGGGCUGGGCGAAGAUGUCGGCGACCAAGACGGACUUCAAACUGAGUGCCCAUCUUGAAGCGUGGGAGCAGAAAGACAAGAUCUUUGAUCGAGAUUAUGAUUUCUCCAUCCCUCGAGAUGGUGUCUAG